CAUCGCGCGGGACCUCCUGGUCGAAAUACAAGGCAAGGGUUCUCGUCAGAGGUGAUGGGGUGGGAUACUUUCAUUGCUUGAAGUGUAGGGCCGAACGUACGGAUUGUAGCGCUGCAUUUGGUAUCUUGUCUCCAGCUACACAUACUCGCUACACAUACUCGCUUCCUCCCUUCGCCCGACUUAAAGCAAGUGACGUUGCCAAGGUCAUCGAAUUGCAUAUACAUUUCUCCCACCUUUGCGAUGGGAAACUCGGCAAGUUACCUCUCCAGCCCCAAAAGUGUUUGCGUGAUUCGCAGGACUUCGUGUCAAAGAUAGACUUCCCCAGCAGUCUAGGACCUUCGAAGGUGAUGUCUUUCGACAUCGACUCUCUAGCACUUGAAAGCAAGGGACCUUCUUUGAAGCGUAAAUUCGACCUCGGUGACCUGGUCACCCCUCGAAAGCGACGUCUUCUCAAAUCUUAUUCCACGGCGACAUAUGUCAAGUUGCUACGCUAUAUUCCGAUGCUACGCAGUAAAGCGGAGGCUCAACUAGAUCCCUUUGCCCUCCAACGUGUAACAUCUCAUAAACCGUGCAAGACCAAGACGUUCAUUUGGUCCCUACCCGUGGAAAUCCUCAUCGCUACUACCGUCGCCCUUCUAGGAGUGCAAGAUCUGCGCACUGUAACACAAGUUUCUUCUCUGUUGAGAGAAAUCGCUGCUCCGCUCUUCUUCCUCAACAGAAACUUCCCAACCUCCCCGAAGGAUUUAUUCCACAUUCGUGUAGACCCGCAGAAUUUUGACGUUCUGGCUACUUGGAGGCGAACGGAUACUUUUCGUCCGCCGCGUAUGGUGUUGAGUUGGCUGGAUUCUGGUUUGCGAUCCUCACAGCUAUCCGCAUUUUCCCACUUCCUCGAAUCCGUCCCCCACAAAUCGAUACGAUAUAUCACACUUCUUUGGAAUUUUGACAUUCUCACAUCCCCGGUUCUCCCACAAAUUGUUGCAUUACUAGAAAGCAUCCGUGCCUCCGGCGUCGAAGAGCUGACGUGCAUGGGUUUUUGCGACGGGACAGUCUCAUCGUCCGUCACCGGCCUUAACCCGAAUUCAGCCGUGUGUAGUUUGGAAAAGCUUCGACUGAGUUCCGUCAAGCUCAGUUCUGCGCAUUGGGAUAAACUCCUGCGCCAUCUUGCGAUUCCAACCCUUGUCGAACUCCGAGUCAAUGCGGACUUGUCAUCCCGCGACCUGGUAGUCCUUGGAGGGCCAAUCGAAUCACCCACUCGUUUGAGUCUUUCUCUGUCUAUGCUAGAUGGACCCCUGUCACAUCUCCUCCCAGUCCUUCGGAGUCAUCUCUCCGGUGCUGCAGGUGAUACCUUGGCGCUAUCUGCGGCAUGGAUUCAAGCUCUUCCUAAAGUCAAGCGUUUUACUUUGCGAGGUUACUCAGCUACUACUGCCGAGGAUCUUGUCAACAUCAUGCGUAGCUUUGCUGCGGGUGAUGUUGAAUUAGGUGUGGAUGUGCAGGUCGCACCAAAAUCAUAA